UUUCAAGCACUCUUAUUUAUCGAUUUUCUCACGGCUGGUACAAAUCGGUUCGCUUCAGAGGUGGUAGAUUGCAGUAUCGCACACACAAACCCUAACAGGAAACCCUAGAUCGUCCCGCGAGGAGAUACAAAAAUGUCGCAUUUUGGUAGAGCAGGUCCUCCAGAUAUCACAGAUACCUAUUCGCUUCUCGUGCUUAACAUCACUUUCCGUACUACUGCUGAUGAUUUGUUCCCGCUUUUUGAUAAAUAUGGGAAAGUGGUUGAUGUUUUCAUCCCUAGAGAUCGCAGGACUGGAGAUUCUCGUGGGUUUGCCUUUGUUCGAUACAAGUAUGCAGAUGAGGCACAAAAGGCAGUUGAAAAGCUUGAUGGAAGAGUUGUUGAUGGAAGAGAGAUGAUGGUUCAGUUUGCCAAAUAUGGGCCAAAUGCUGAAAAAAUUCACAAAGGAAGGAUACUUGAACCAGUAGAAAAGCUGAAGGGUGGAUCAAGGAGCCGAAGUCCUAGACCAAGGUAUAGAGAUGAAUACAGGGGCUACAGGAGGAGAAGUCGCAGCAGAAGCAGAGACAGAUAUUAUGGAAGGGACAGAGAUCGUUACAGAAGUAGGGGUAGGAGCCCUGAUUAUCAUACAAGACACAGGAGGGGUAGAUAUGAUGAUGAGAGAAGAAGCCCAAAAGCAGGUCUCCUCCACGUAGGAGUAGGACACCUUCUAGAAGCAGAAGCCCUGAAGGAGGACGAAAUGAGAAAGUAUCAUCAUCCCAUGGUAGAGCUGAUUCCAGAAGCCCUUUGCAGCGUUCUUAUUCCGAUGAAUAAUUUACUGAAAAAAGGUUUGAAAGAUGAAUUCUUGAACUUGUUUGCUGGUUGGUGCAUCGUAUUGUUAAGAAUGAGAUGA